CGUUACGUCAUUUCCGUCGCGCUUCUGGGCGUUGCCAAGAUGGACGCUUCGCGGGCCCGGGAGCAGCUCCGGCGGCGGUACCUGUUCCCGCGGGACACCGAGGCCCCGCUGGACAGCGAGGGCUACGCCGGGCCGGAAGUCUCUACCGCUGUUGAGAGAAAGGAGAAAGCUCUUCCAAGACUUAACAUCCAUUCUGGAUUCUGGAUUCUGGCAUCCAUUGUUGUGACCUACUAUGUUGAUUUCUUUAAAACCGUUAAAGAAAACUUCCACACCAAUAGCUGGUUCGUGGCUGGCGGCGCCCUCCUGCUGAUCAGCCUGUCGCUUGCGUGUUACUGCAUCCUUUAUCUGGAGUGGUGCCGCGGGAUUGAAGAUUACGACGUCAAGUAUCCAGCCUUGAUACCCGUGACAACUGCCGCUUUUAUUGCGGCCGGCGUCUGCUUCAACGUUGCCCUGUGGCACAUGUGGUCCUUCCUCACCCCGCUGGUGUUGUUCACUCAGUUUAUGGGCGUUGUGAUGCUGAUCUCACUCCUUGGGUGAUGUCCAGAGGUGUAAGAGCGUGUCACUUCGACGCGAACGAUUCAGCACCCAGCCAGCUGGCAGCAUCGCAGGUGUAACAAGUGCUACAACGUGUCCUCGUAUCUAGGAAGUGAGUGGUUUCCUCGGAAAAACCAUAACGUUGCAGUCUGGUUGAAAUCAGAAUAAAUUCGAUUUCGUUUGUCUGUCCUCACACUCAAGUGACUACUGAAUUUUUCACACUCAGAAUAGAAAUGUUCUGUUCAAAAUAGAAAUAAUUAGUUUGUGGUGUCAGUCUGAUGAAUCGUCGGAGAAAGUGUUGGUGUGAACAUUUAAGCAGAGUUUCAUUAUAGGCACACGGUGUCCUCCCCACAUUGCAGAGUUGUUCGCCCUUUGAUCGUAUGCGAUCACUGGGUGUGUAUGUGGGAAUGAUCAUGUCAUGUGCCUUUAACCCAGCUUCUGCAAUUGCGAUCUCAUUUUUAUAGUAGUUUUGUUAGGUGACAGGACCACUUGAAAGCAUUUUAUGUGUUCCUGCCACUUUAGAUUUUGUCAUGUGCAACUUACUGGGUUUCUAGCAUUUGUUCAACGUGGGCACUUUUACUCAUUUUUAAGUACACGUACUUUUUCCUUAACAUUUAAAUAAAAUAUUUUUAUAACUUU